GCUGCCUUAGAGAGGGAAUGGCUAACUUUAGAUUCCACCCGCUUCCCUUCAAAAACACUGCUGCUCUCAAACCAGCUGCACUGGCCAAAGUAUCCUAAGUCUCUGUGUUCUGAUGGAAAUUCACAUAAUUUGCCCUGGCCUCCAUACAAAGCCUGGCAGUGUGAUAAGAGAGUAUAUUCAGUCUACCCAAAAAGCAGCCAGCUUAGCAGCAGGUUGAAGAAGAGAUCUGUAUCACCAUUCUCUGACCUGAAGGAUAAAGAGCAAUUUUCAUUCAAAUCAGGAAAAGAAGAGAAAAUUUCAGAAGAAUGGGGUUUUAAGGAUAUUUCCACUGCACAGCUAAUGCUGAAGAGAGCACAUAAAAUGAAACGCAAGAGAUCUAGUCAUAAAACUCUAGACCCAGCUGUGCGCCUGGCGUUGUUCAAAAACAAUGAAAAUAAACAUCCCCCUGUGAAACCACCAAGGAAGACACAGCCUGGAGAAGUCGGUUACUUUGAAGGUAGUAAGGAGGAAUUCGUUCACUCAAAUAAUACUUCAGCUGAGAAAUUACAAAUGAGCAGAGAAUUUACAUACCAAUGGCUUCAUACACAGGUUUGGGAUUUUGAAGCAACCAGUUCCAGAAAUGUAAAAUGCAACCGCUUCUUGCCGGAUUUAAACCCAGAAGUAUGCAAUGGUGGGCGCGUUCAGCUUGUGGCAAGCCCUGUAAGUAGAGAAGACACAGAUUUAGACCUUGUUUCCAUGACCAGUGGAAGUGCUUUGACUCAGAACAGAGAAAAAAAUAAUCAGGCGCACAGACACUUAGCAGGAUCUUCAAAAAAGAACAUCUCUACCUCAGACAAACCACAUUGGAGUCCAUUUCAUAAGGAGCGGAUAUCAUUUCGGGACCAUCCAGUCCAGCUCAGCGGAGGCUGGGGAAGCGGCAAGAAAAAGACAAAAACCUUAAAACAUUAGUUGUAAUUUCAACAUGCAAAACAUAUGGAGAGCUGUUUCUUUUUAAGAGCUCCGUAAAUAUCAAUUAGUUUAGGAUCCUAGUUAUAUGUUACCAAUAUACUCAGUUUGAAAGAACUGCAUUUGAUUUAUUUUACCAUACAUGCUUUGCAGUUUUGUUUUUGAUAAAAAUAUUUUAUACGUGACAGUAGACUAUCAUAAUUUGCAUUUCCAUGUGGAAUACAGAGUCUCUUAUUCUUUAGGACUUGCUAUAAUGUGAUUUAUGAAACAAAUUUAGCUUUGCUUAGUUCAGGAGUAGAAAUGUAAUAAUGGCUAAUGUUUACAUGAUAUAUGUCAACACCUGGAAUUCUAAAUUCUAAUGAUCUCAUAAAUACAAUGAUAGUUUAUUCUGUUUUUAUGCUCAUUAACUGUGUUAUGGCCUCAAAUAGCUAAGAAUGCCCCAUUACACUGACACAAGUCAACGUGAAUUGCCUUAUUGAAGAAGCACACGUUAGAAACAUAUUACUAGUAGUCAGGUGCCAAUAUCUGUUUCUAGAAAUACAAGAACUGCAUGCAAAUUCUAUUGCUAAAUUAUGGUAACACAGUUCUAUUGUGAUGUUAUGGCAAGCUGCUUAUGUUUUAUACUUUCAAGGAUUUCUAACAUAUCUUCUAGUGGAAUAAAGCACAAAAUUGAAUUUACCACCCUGCAGUUUUAUCCCAGGGUAGUAUAGCAUUACUUUGCUAAGUCAAUGAUAGGCAGUGUCUAGCUGUCCAAGUAGUUAUUCUCAUUUAGCUUAGUGAAUUGUGUAAAAGGUUUAUGAUACAGCUUCACUAAAGAAAAUAUGUGAAGUAAGAUGUUUAACUUUCUCAGUGUUUAAGUCAGUAAACAACUCUCAUUGCUCUUAAUGAACACUGUGCUUUCCUGUAUGUAGGAAGGGGAAAGGCUGGUAUUUUUCCUACAUUUUUUAAAUGUUUUCUAUUUAGAGGGUUGAAAUUACUAAUUGGACCUGGAGAAGUAAGCCUUUCGUGUUUCCUUAUCUGUUUGCUCUUGUCUAAUCCUGUUCUUACGAAGUCUCAAACUCCUCCAAUUAAGACUGAGGUGGGAAGGCUAGUGGAGUUGAAACUUUAGUCAAUAAAGAAAACAUUAAUACCUA